UGUACACUAUGAGAUCACUUCCGACACAUUAAACGUUGUCGGUCUGGUGACCUACUAAUUUAAACUUGUAUAUAAAAAACAGUGUCACACAGCUUGCGACCUUUGACUUGAGAUGGAGCCCUGCCCCAGCAUGCAAUCUAUCCAGUCAACAGCUUCUUCCUCAGUUCUAGUCCCAGACGUCAUGCAGCACCAACAUAAAAAUGGCGGCGUUUCUCGAGGAGAUUCGGAAUGCGCGCACGUGACUGGCAAUGUCGUGUUCACACCUAGGCGCGUGCUUCUCAUCGCCUCAGCAGCUGUUGUCGUGCUCCUUGUACUACUGACCAGUUUGGUCAUCAUCUUAUUCGUCCAGGUUACCAAUCUCAAAGAAAAUCUUAAUUCAGAAAUUUCCGCGCAUGCCAAUGACUUUGGAGAAGUGUGUCUUCCUUGUGGAGAGCUCCAAAUGGGUCCAUUUGAAGAGGAUACUCCAGAACUCUCUUUCCUGGAAAAGGUCCGAUCAGCGGAUGGUGAUAUUUGUUGUGCCAGGUCACCGAACCAAACCAAGAUCCUUUUUGAACUGCUGUACCAGAAAAAGAAGAUGCAAGAACACCGACACGAUAUGCUGAAGUCAGAGAAUGUUGUGGACAGCGCUCCCAAAAUAAACACAGUAUCGGCACAUCUUCUGGUGAGAGGGGAACAACCUGCUGUUACGGACAAAUCUUCUGGACGUUAUCCAAUUAGAAACUGGAGUCAGGAUCACGUGAUUGCGAACAUAACUGGUCUUUCGUUUCAAAACGACCGUUUGCGUAUCAACACUUCCGGUUUAUAUUUUAUCUACAGCCAGGUGUAUUUUGACAGGAUGUGCGACCAAGUUUUGCAGGAGACAGGUACAUCCUAUCCAAUAUACCAUUACGUCUACCGCUUCAACGUCAUCUACCCUAACGGUGGGGAACAACUUUUGAUGAAGAGCGUGCGGACUCCGUGUUGGACCCAACAGAAGUCCAUUCACGGGGACUACACAAGCUAUACCGCGGCUGCGAUUAGAAUGGCAGCAGGGGACGAAAUCUACGUAAUGGUGUCUAACAUUUCCAUGGUUUCUCCCGUACCGGAAGCCAGCUUCCUUGGAGUCUUCAAAAUCAGCUGAUGUAAUAAAAUGUGAUAAUCUGUACCUAUGGUUCUUUCUGGUAAAACCGGAAGUAAAGUAGACUACAAUGGUGCUUCCAUAGCAUUUCGAUUCACUCGGAUGGUAUCCUCAAUGAUGGAGUUUCAGUAAAGUCUCGGCUGCCAUAUUAGGUACAAAUUCCUCCUGAAUGCUGAUAUUGCUCAAUUAAACAACCAACGUGUAUUGAUGAUGAACUAUUUCCGGAUUGUAUCACUGUGCGCAUGUGUGAUAUUGUUAUGGUCAGUUAUGUCCGCAAACGAAAUGAAAACAUUUUAUGAACAGUAUUUACAUAUAGGAAAUGCUGAUAUUAUACAUAUUUCCUGUGCACUAAAGAGGUCGUUAAGACGCUAAGAAGGUGUGAUACGAAGCCAAACGGACUCUGAAAGACAAGCUGUGAUGUUCAUCUACAUUCCAUUUUGCACCAACUGCCGCUGUACCUAGUGUUAUCGUAAACAUAGUCAUCAUCAAACUCAUCGUAAUAGCGUUGAUGUGAUGAAGACACUGACAAUAUUCCGUCCGGUGUGGACCUCGCCAUCAGAACACUUGCGUGUACGUUUUGAACCCAUUAAACACCAGGUACACAACAUCUUAGCUUAGUGCCAAACCAAAGUGCUAUAAACACCAUAUAAUAAUGACUUUUGAUCUCUUUUGAUAAAUUCUAUGCAAUAUAGUGUACACGUGACUGGCUUUGUGCGCGAUAUGCACGUGUAUCAUUGUCACGCGUUAAGCAAGCUGUGAUGAUUCUUCUUGUUUACAUCAUAAUGUUAUUUUGUUUGUUUGUUUGUAUGUUUCUUUGUGCCUCAAUCAGACUCUGCCUAUUGAUACCAGAUGUAACUUAACUAUGUAGCAUGCCUGUCUUCCAUUCUUAACUGAUUCGGUCUGUUUUGUCAAGAUUCGGCCGAGAUUCCUGGUCAAGUCUUAAUUUUAAGUCAAUGAGUAUGGUCAGUCUUGUUGUAUGUCCAAGUUAAACAUCUGAUUAAUAUUGACCGAGAUUUAAAUCUUAUCGAUAAAAAUGUUUUUUUAUGAGAUUUUAGGAAAUCGCUGAUAUCUUUUUAGGAGCCUGUUUCUGUUUGGUCUAACGUACGAGUCUACGUGUGUGUGUUGGCUACUUGAAGUUGUAUGACAGUGCAAUGUAUUUCUAGCACAUUUUUAAUUUCUUAUUUAUCAACAAUAUACGUUUCAUGUCCUCAUUCGUAAUGACCCAAGUAAAUGAUUACCCGAAGUGUUCAAAAAAUUUGACAAUAAACCGGUUAAACGUCACCUAACUACAAUCUGUCUCCCAACUUGUUGUCGAUACAGGGAGGGAAUGUUUGGUAGUCAGUAGAAUCUGCUGUCGAUACAGGGAGGGAAUGUUUGGUAGUCAGUAGAAUCUGCUGUCGAUACAGGGAGGGAAU